UCACCCACCAGUGUCGUGAAUGAGCAGGGCCCCUCUCUCCGCUUCUGCACCAUGACCGUCUCAGCCUGCCUCACUACCUCCUCUGCCACGCAUUGCUGCCAGCCCUGUGCAAUAAGGCGGGGAAGUGCGUCACGAGGGGCAAGGAGCCCGCCCCGGCCAGCGUCUCAACGUGCAAGGCGGGGCUUGGCGUGUCGGGGCUUCCUGAGCGGCCUCUUUGGCAGCGGCGGCGGCAGCGGCGGCGCCACGGUGGCAGAGCCGGGUGUGGCGGAGGACUACAGCCUGGAGAACUUGGAUGAGGUGCUGCUGACGGAGCUGCAGGCAGAGGAUGGCAGCCAGCGGUACAUAGUGUACCGCAACGGAGGCCUGGUGGAUGCCGCGGAGCUGGAGGCGCUGUGCGACAAGGUCGGCUGGCCGCGGCGCCCGCAGAACAAGGUGCAGGCGGCGCUGGCCAACAGCUUCCUGGUAGCUACGCUGACGCUGGAGGACGCGCCGCCGCGCAGCAGCAGCAGCGACUGCAGCGAUGGCAGCAGCAGCGGCAGCGGCAGCGGCAGCCCCCCCACCAGCAGCAGGCCGGCCAGCAGCAGCAGCGGCACGCCGGGCCGGCUGAUUGGCUUGGCCCGCUGCACCUCUGAUGGGGCCUUCAACGCCACGCUGUGGGACGUGCUGGUGGACCCAGAGUUCCAGGGCCAGGGCCUGGGCAAGGCGCUUGUGGAGGGCGUGACGCGCACGCUGCUCAAACGAGACAUCACCAACAUCACCCUCUUCGCCGACUCGGCAGGCAAGCCGUGA